GGCCCAUCAGACCGUAAAAAGAGGAGGGUCUCGGCGUGUGCCUCGGUCGGGGAGGGGCCGCCGAGCGCACACAUUAAUGCAAUAAACCGCCGGUACAUCUGCUGAGCUAUCUGCACAUCCUCCAACGAAAUCCACGGACGCCGCGCUCUGAGCCCUCCCACAAUCAAAUCCACUGGGGUCUGGGUCUCAUCCGAUUGGUCAGGGAUGCUGCAACAGGGGGGGCGAGAACAAUAGCAUCAUUCCGGCAUAAAAGAGUGGAGCUAUGCCUUGGAGACGAAAACAUUUCAGUAACAGAAGGAUCAAUAUACUGGGGGAGAAAAGUCCCAGAAGCCUCUAGUGUUGCCAUAUUUUUUGACCCAACCUGGAUACUCGAGGUUCUACCACCGUCCCGAAGUGCCUUCCAGCCGCCACUCGCCAAGAUGCCCAAAGGAUUCCUGGUAAAAAGAAACAAGAAAUGUGCACAUGUUUCCUACAGGACUCGGCCGGACGACAGUGACCUCCAGGAGCCACCCACCCCAGCUGCCUUGCCGAGUCACCGGGACCCCUCCCCGCCGAUGUCCACGGCGUCCAGUCCGGACCGCGCCACAGCGUCGCCCGUCUUCACCGCGGCCGACGCGCUGGUGCCAAGGCUGGAGAAGCCGGCUCAGUUCGGUAACCCGGAGGCGGUGUGCCAAGCCAUCUACAGCCCCACCCGGCCCAUCAGUAAGGAGCACGACAGAGGAUAUUUCGAGCGAAGUUUCAAUCUGGGCUCGCCCAUUUCUGCCGAGUCAUUCCCGACACCUGCCUCCCUCUCCGGCUUGGACCAUCUCCUCUACGCCCCUGUCGACCUGAAAAUCGGCACCAGCAACAGCAGCCGCAGCGGCACCAGCAGCAGCACCAGCCUGCCGGCUCCCAGCCACCGGGUCGCGGCCAAAAGACCCGCAGCUGAAGGUACGGAGCGCAAACCGAAACCCGCCGCCAAAAAACCCAAAGCCAUCCGAAAACUCAACUUCGAAGACGAGGUGACCACUUCCCCUGUGCUCGGCCUGAAAAUCAAAGAAGGGCCGGUGGAGGCGAAGCCGAGGGCGCAGUCCUCCGGGGGGAACAAGCCUCUGGGGGAGUUCGUGUGUCAGCUGUGUAAGGAGGCGUACGCGGACCCGUUCUCCCUGGCUCAGCACAAGUGCUCCCGCAUCGUCAGGGUCGAGUACCGCUGUCCGGAGUGUGACAAGAUGUUCAGCUGCCCGGCCAACCUGGCCUCUCACCGCCGCUGGCACAAACCCCGGGGCACCGCGGGGGCACCGGCGCUGCCCUCCGCCGCGCAGCAGGGCAUCAAGACCGAAAUGGGGAAAAUGCCAGCGCUGGGCGUCAAGUCGGUGUCGGACGAAGCCAAAGACAUGAGCGACAGGGACACGCCGAGUCCAGGUCUGUCCGAGUCCGGCUCCGAGGACGGCUGCUACGACUGUCAGUUCUGCGGCAAGAGGUUCAAGCGGCAGGCGUACCUAAGAAAACACAUCAUGGGACACCACUCCUCCACCACCUCCUCCACCACCUCCUCCACCACCUCCUCCACCACCUCCUCCACCUCCUCCCCUCCUCCUUCUCAGAAGAAGCCUAACCAAAGCCCCCUGAACCUGAGCCCGGUGGACUGCCUGCUGUGCCCGGUGUGCGGGGAGAGUUUCAGCAGCAGGGCCGGUCAGGAGCGACACCUGCGCCUCAUGCACUCCUCCCAGAUCUACCCGUGCAAAUACUGCCCCGCCACCCUCUACAGCUCCCCGGGACUCACCAGGCACAUAAACAAGUGCCACCCCUCGGAGAACAGGCAGGUGAUCCUGCUGCAGAUGCCGGUGCGCCCCGCCUGCUGAAGACCACACACCAAAC